AUUUCCGUUUUUUUGGCAUUAAGUUGCAAAAAGUUAGCGGACAUCCAUUGUUUAAUUUCAUUAAGACGCGCUUCCAACUGACUACAGUCCGUUAUUGAGGUUAUACUUGUUUGGAAAGUCUUGAGAAGCCAAAUUUUCUUGUUCUAUUGGGAAAUCAUUUUGCUUAGUUCAAAUAAAAUACCCCCUAAUUUUUGUAUAUUUUAUUUAUUUUUUUGAACACCGACUUUUUGCAGUGUGGCCACUUUAAAAAGCGGUGAUAUUACCCCUGGCUUUACCCCGUCACCCCCCCACCCUGACAGGUGGAACAUUGCAGCCCUCCCCGUCUCCUCCCUUCCGCCUUCUGAUUGGGCCGACGCUGCAGCCUGGACUCUUUAAAUAAUCCUAGAGUGGGGUCGUCUUAUCAAUGAAGUAGUAAAAGCGGGGCUUAGGCGGGGCCGAUCCCUUUUACUUUCUGAAUUCCACAAAAAGCGACCAAGAUGAAAAUUAUCAUCGGCAUUGGAGGCGUGACCAACGGGGGCAAGACCACCCUGACCAACAGACUGCUCGGGACUUUGCCCAACUGCUGUGUGGUCCAUCAGGACGACUUUUUCAAGAAGCCCGAUCAAAUAGAAGUCGGGGAGGACGGCUUUAGACAGUGGGAUGUCAUCACUGCCCUGGACAUGGAGGCCAUGGUCAGCACGGUGAGAGGCUGGCAGGAGAACCCGGUCAAGUUUGCCCGCUCCCACGGAGUUUGCCUGUCACCCGGAGCCGAGGAAUGUGACUCGUCGAAGGAGGAGAGGAUCCACAUCCUCAUUGUGGAGGGCUUCCUCAUCUACAACUACAAGCCCCUCAUCGACGCUUACGACAAAUGCUUCUACAUCUCGCUUCCUUAUGAGGAGUGCAAGAGGAGGAGAAGUACGAGGACCUACACCGUCCCCGACCCGCCCGGCCUGUUUGAGGGCCACGUGUGGCCCAUGUACCUGAAGCACCGCAAAGAAAUGGAGAGUAACUGUGACAGAAUAGAAUACCUCGACGGAUUGACCUCCAAAGACGACAUAUACGACCACGUCUUCGGGAGCAUCCAGAACGCACUUCUCAACUCAUAGCGUGAGGACCACCUGCCGAGGGAAAUGUGUGUACAUAUGUGUAAAUAAAUGAAAUGUACAACAAUGUGUUGUGUAAAUAGUCGCUAACAACAAGCAGUGUUGUGUUUUCUAUCCUCCUGUCAAACGUUGUUGUUUUGGUUCAAAGAGAUGAACUUCCUGUGCUUCGGGUUUCAAAGUGAAACCCACUUAAAGACCACAUAAACAAACUUAAAAGACUCAA